GACUCGGGGCUGAGCACAGCUGGCUGGGCGUCGGCCGGGCAGUUGGCGUCGGCUGAGUCGGCGCGUCGGGCACUGAGGACCGGCCAUGGAGCGCGAGGUCCAGCGGGUUCGCGCGGCUUUCGGCUCCGGCCGCUCUCGCCCCUUGACGUUCCGGCGGCGGCAGCUCGAGGCCCUGCGCGCGAUGGUGCAGGAGCGCGAAAAAGACAUCCUGGCGGCCAUCGGUGCGGACCUGAGCAAGAGCGAAUUCAACGCAUACAGUCAAGAAGUCAUUUCUGUGCUUGGAGAAAUUGAUCUCGUGCUGGAGAAGCUUCCGGAAUGGGCUGCUGCUAAACCAGCUCAGAGGAACCUGCUCACCAUGCUGGACGAGGCCUACAUCCAGCCAGAGCCCCUGGGGGUCGUCCUGAUUAUUGGAGCUUGGAACUACCCCUUUGUCCUCACCAUCCAGCCCCUGAUAGGAGCCAUCGCUGCAGGAAAUGCUGUGAUUAUCAAGCCUUCCGAAGUAAGUGAGAAUACAGCCAAGCUCUUGGCUAAGCUCCUCCCUCAGUACUUGGACCAGGAUCUGUACGCCGUCGUCAAUGGUGGUGUUGAGGAGACCACGGAGCUUCUGAAGCAGCGAUUUGACCACAUUCUCUACACGGGAAACACCACUGUUGGAAAAAUCGUCAUGCAGGCUGCUGCCAAGCAUCUGACCCCUGUGACCCUUGAACUGGGAGGAAAGAGCCCAUGCUUCGUGGACCGAGACUGUGACUUGGAUGUCGCCUGCCGACGCAUCGCCUGGGGCAAGUUCAUGAACUGCGGUCAGACCUGCAUUGCCCCCGACUACGUGCUCUGUGAGCCGUCCCUCCAGGACCAGAUCGUGCAGAAGGUGCAGGAGGCCGUGAAGGAAUUUUAUGGAGAAAAUGUAAAAGAAUCUCCCGACUACGAGAGGAUCGUCAAUCUUCGUCAUUUUAAGAGGAUACAGAGUCUGCUGGAAGGACAGAAGAUAGCUUUUGGUGGGGAGAUGGAUGAGGCCACACGCUACAUAGCCCCAACAGUACUCACUGAUGUGGAUCCUGACACCAAGGUGAUGCAGGAAGAAAUUUUUGGACCAAUUCUUCCAAUAGUGCCUGUGAAGAAUGCAGAUGAAGCCAUACAGUUCAUAAAUGAACGCGAAAAGCCCCUAGCUUUCUAUGUGUUUUCUCACAACAGUAAGCUCAUCAAGCGGAUGAUCGACGGGACGUCCAGCGGCGGUGUCACAGGCAAUGACGUCAUCAUGCACUUCAUGCUCAGCUCUCUGCCCUUCGGAGGCGUGGGGUCCAGCGGGAUGGGAGCGUAUCACGGAAAACACAGUUUCGAUACUUUUUCCCAUCAACGUCCCUGUUUAUUAAAAACUCUCAAGCGGGAAGGCGCGAACCAACUCCGGUACCCUCCCAACAGCCAGUCGAAGGUGAACUGGGCGAAAUUUUUCUUGUUGAAGCGGUUCAACAAAGGGAAACUCGGCCUCCUGCUGCUCACUCUCCUGGGCAUCCUGGCCGCCGUGCUUAUCAAGAGGUACCAGGCUGUGCUGAGGACAAAGGCCCUGUUGCUUUUUCUGGCAAUUCACAGACGUGCCAUCCCGUGAGCCAGUCUCAGAACCCACUCUGUGUUGAGAGGAGGGCGGAUACUACUGAUGGACCCUAGCCACCUCCUCAUCGUCUCUGCUGAAUUAUUAUUCUGCUCAGUGGCUAACCAACCAAUCAUUUUUAAAUUGUACCAGAACUUUUUAAGAAGAUAUGCAAACGCACCAUCCUCGCCAUUCACCAUUAAUAAAACUCACUGCUUCAGCCAAAGUCCCCCACUUACCUCCCCACCCCGGCCCCCUAGGACUGAGCACGCUCACUUGGAGAACUUGCAUCCCUAGAGCUCUGGGCAGGGACAGGGAGCGCACUGGGUGAGCCCACAUUCCCAGACCUGCUCAGUGACUCUUUACCAGGGACAUGGGGCUUGCCACCCCCACCCCCACCUUCAGGCAGCACUCCCUGAAGCCUUCCAGAGACUGCCCUGCACAUGUUUCCAGGUCUCAGUCUAGAGAGGUGAGGCGAGAUCUCCCAGAGUCCUCAGGGUUCAGGGCACUAGAACUGGGUUGGGGGGGGGCCCUGUCCCUGAUCCUGGGACCAGAAGACAGCUCCAGGAGGCAGCCCUCCUUUCUCACCACUCUCUGUCCUGUCCUGAGCUCGGCUUGUGACGGUCCGUUGUGAUGUCCACACAUGGUAAAUCCUCGGGCUCCUGGAAGGCAACUGCCAGUUUGGUGCAAGAAUCAUCUGUCAUUCGUAGACUUUGUGCGUCUUACAAAGUCACUGGCCUGUUUCACUGCUAUCGUCAUGGUACUAAGACGAUACCCACCCUUGAUCAGAGGCUGCACAUGGCAAGUCAGUGGCUCUUGAGGGACAAAUCUUCGUUUCCUGCUUCUGUACCACAAGGCGAGUAAGCAUCCCCUUGGCCUCCCUUGUGGCUCAGCUGGUAAAGAAUCCGCCUGCAAUGUGGGAGACCUGGGUUGGGAAGAUCCCCUGGAGAAGGGAAUGGCUACCCACUCCAGUAUUCUGGCCUGGAGAAUUCCAUGGUCUCUGUAGUCCAUGGGGUCACAAAGAGUCGGACACAACUGAUCGACUUUCACUUUUGGAAACCUGAGAGGGGCAUUGCUGAACGGAUUCUGUCCAGAACGUAACGUGGGGAGCAGUUUCUGUCCUGGACAAGAGGUCUUGGGCGUUCACAACUUACAGCCUGAGCCCCAGGGGCUGGUGAGGGGCAUCUGGAAGAGGGCUCUCCAUGACCAGGACAGCAGCCAGCCCACUGAAGGGGACCUCCCAAGCACAGUUGGGACCAGACCCAGCACUUCAGCCAAACAGUCUCAAGAAGAGCCCUGGGGGUCCUCCCUGCCCCUACACUCAAUGAGAGAAUGUACCUCACCUCACAGCACGUGAUCCACCAUUGAAUGAACCUGCUUUGGCUGACUGCAGAGCGUUACGCCUUCAUUACAGAACACAGGGAUCAACAACCAAUCACUAGGCUGGCUUAGGACAUACCUGCUUACACUGGGGCUUUAUCAGAAUAAUCAGCCAUAAAAUAUCUCAGACAAUGGAGUUUUCAUUUGGUAUAUUGUGCAUUUUACUUUCUAAUUAAAAUUAUUUGCUUGUCUACUGGCA